AUGGCCAGGAGGCCAGUGUACCUGGAACAGGGUGAGAGAAGGGGAGCUGGAGGACGUGAGGCCCUGAGGCUGCAGAGAAAACUCCGAAUAAAAAUGGAGAAAGUGACAUUUCAGGCUGAAGUUACUAGACACCUCCAGGAAGUAGAGAAGGUAAAAGAAACCCAGGGAGAAGAACUGCCCUCAGACCAGUGUGUUAAACCUUGGAGCAACAAUGAGAUUAGGAGUUUCCUACAAGAAUGGGAACUCCUUGAAGGUGAAGAGUUAAAGAAGAAUUAUCACAUAGCAUCAAGGAUAAUUGCCAGGCAUCUCAAGCAAAGGGGCAUAAAUAAGAGCAGGAGAAAAUGUCUCCAGAUGCUAAUAAACAUGCAGGACUUAUAUUGGACCAUUCAUGAAGCCAACCAGAGACCAAGGAGUGAACCCUUGUCAUGUCCUUAUGGAGAGGCCCUUCACAGGAUCCUAGAACACAGAGGGGAGAACAAGGACUUCUCAGAAGUGGCUGAUGUUCCACCACCUGAGUACCAGCCCCCUGCGUGUGCCAUCCCUGAUUGCUUUGAGGAGCUGCUGUGGGCUCCCCCACAUAUAACCUACAUAGAGGAUCCUCAGAUACCCAGAUGGGAGCCCUGGAACAUGAACCUUCCACAGUCAAGUCCAUGCCUGUUUCCUGCAUUUCUCUCCCUACACUCUGGCCCCCAGCAACAGUGGUCAACUCUCUCUGACACUGAGUCAGAUUGA